CGCGGCGGACAGGCGGGACAAAGCACUUAUUCACAGACCGCCGUCGGUCCCUGUCUACCCGGGACGCAGAAACGACUCCAACAUUAGUUUCAGACAGGGCUUUACUUUAAUUCAGAAACGCAUAUUCCGACGGACACUUUAAUUUCCUCUACAGCCUCGCACUUCUAGAGGAAGGAGAGUUUUGACAGGAAAUAAGGGCGGACAUUGGUCAAGUUUUUAUCCACCCUUCGGCGACCUCAGUUCCAGACAUCUUUGAGCGAUGUUUGACAAACAACAGUACGAGAGUCCACCGGUCUACAGUCCUCCUUUCACCCCUCCACCCAACAAUGGCUUUGGCCCUGUGGGGAGUUUCCACGACCCUCAGAGCGAUUACAACGCGUACCCACCUCCACCAGGAUCUUACUACAUCGAGGACAGGCCGCAGCACUUCUACAAAUGGCUGUCGCCUCCCGGGAUUGUCAAAGCCAUGAUGGCUACAGUGGUAGUACUUUGUGUGGCGAUAUUCGCCUGUGUGGCUUCCACUCUCAUGUGGGACAUCCAGUACGGAUAUGGCACGGGAAUGGGUUACUAUGGUUCUGGUAUGGGCUACGGCAGCGGCUACAUUGGGGGCGGCUAUGGCUCAGGCUACGGUAGUUAUGGAGGUUAUGGAAACAUCUACGGAUCCGGGUCCUACGUUUCUCCUUACUCAGCCAAAGCUGCUAUGAUUGCCAUGGCAGCCAUUAACUUUAUAGGAGCACUGGCCUUCUUCAUCACCAGCUUCUCUAAAUCCAACGUAGUCCGCAGCAGGAAGUUCUUUCUUGCAGUCUUGAUAUCCAGCGUUUUAAUGGCUGUCCUGCAGGGCAUCAUAAACAUUGUCUACAUUGUUGGAGUGAAUCCCAUGGCCCAGAGCUCCUCCAGUAUGAUACGCAAUCCAAUGCUCGUAAUGUGCCAGAGUCUUUACCAAACCAGUUACUCACAGAUGGGAGGAGUGGGAGGCUUCCCCAUGUACAACCAGUACCUGUACCAUUACUGCUUUGUGGACCCACAGGAGGGAAUUGCCAUGGCGUGUGGAUUCCUGGUUGUCAUCGCUUUGGGUGUUGCUGCUUUCUUCGCACAGAAAACAAGAGGGAAGAUCUGGCGCUAUGGAAAGCCGAAUAUUUACUGGGAUGAGCCUUUUGUUGGUGGGAAGGCCUCAGAGGGCAGAGAUGUAGAAGAAUGGGUGAACAAUGUGGAGGAAAACCGCAGUGUUCAGGAUGCGCCAACCCUGCUGGUGUCAGAGAAGGGAGGCGGGCUGCUUAACGCCUCAGCUAACAGUGUCAUCUCCUACUCGCCACCAAAGGUGGAGAGCAGCUCCUAUAAUGGGGACGCCUACGACAACAAUGAGUACUCUGAGCGAACAACCAGCCGACCAUCAGAAGUCUUCUCCCAUGGCGGGGGGACCAGCUCCAGCCCUUCAGAAGAGACGGGCGGAGGCCGCAAACCCUCUGCCCACCGGGGCAAAAGACGCAGACGUAACCCAGAACUGGACGAGUCGCAGUAUGAAACGGAGUACACCACAGGAGGAGAGACAGGCAAUGAACUGGAUGCAGAAGAAUGGGAUAGGAUGUACCCAGAGAUAACAUCGGAUGCUCAGCGACAUGAUUAUAAGAGAGAGUUUGACGCCGACCUUCGGGAGUACAAGCGGCUGUGUGCUGAGAUGGACGACAUUAACGAUCAGUUGAACAAGCUCAGCCGGCAGCUGGACACACUGGACGACACCUCUGCCAGAUACCAGACUGUAGCAGACGAAUAUAAUCAGCUGAAGGAUCUGAAGCAGACGUCAGACUACCAGGCUAAGAAGAGAGAGUGUCGCCGGCUGAGACACAAACUAUUCCACAUCAAACGCAUGGUGAAGGAUUAUGACAAGAACCACUGAAGAACACACUCAUCCCCAACUCUUCCCACAAUACAUGGGCCAAGAUACACUCCAAAUGACUCUGUGACCUGCUGAGACCAAAGUUUAAGGAUACACACAAGCAUAUACACACGCGUAGUCCAUACUCCCACACAUGCAGGGAACAUAAUGCAAGUUCAUAGUAAGGAUCUACUGUAAACUUGUGUUUUUUAGUCUCUAAUUUCAUAAAUAAUCACUCGUUUUGGGAAAGAAUGAAAGGGGGACCCUCAGUUAUUGCUAAGUGGGACGUUUCAUUUCACCUCAGUGUUUGCAGGGUGCAGCUACUUCUGAGGAUCUGAGGGUGUGGCUGGAGAAAGUCACCUGAUAAUUAGUCACCUGAGAUAACGCUUUGCUUGGUUUCUGUGUUUGCUCUCCAGAUUGGUGGCUUUUCUUUGAUUUUUUUCUUCACAGAUAAGUGUUGGAUCAGUAUUGUAGGGAGAACAUACUUGUAGGCGAAACAGGUUGUGAGCAAACAUGCAGUCUCUUUAACCCUUUGCGUGGCAUUAUCUCUGUCAUGAAUGAAUGUUAGCUGAGCUUUUCCUUCUUCUGCUUCAGUGUUUGUAACUACUUUAAAUGUCGAUAAAGUUAGCAGCUUUCUGGUGGGACCACGUGUGUUUUUUCCAUUGUACUGGCUUUUUGUCUACACUAAGAUUUUAAUAUUUUUUACAGACACAGUUAGACCAAAAAGAGGACAAACUGGCCAAUGGGAUAUAUGUGGCGUUGUUGUAUUGUGCAUUCUUUUAAUGAAUUGUGUUCAUCGUAUAUACGCAGAACAAAUUUACGGUUAGUCUCUAACUUCGGAUUCUUUAGCAUUUGUACAUACUGUAGGAUAUUUCAGUGUGUUUAAGCUAUGCGUAUUAGUCAAACUGUCUUUAUAUUUUUAUCACACACACUCCUCAACAAACCUGUCACACUGUUUCUGUCAAUAAGCUGAACUCAUUUUCUCAUUUGAUUCUUUGCCAAUGAAAUGUGCUCUCAUUUUGUUAAUCCACUUCAUGUGCAAAGAGUUACGAUCUACAGUACACGUUAAAAUUGUGUAGACACGCUUUUGAUUUGUCUUGCAUUUGUAUUUUUAUGAAGAACAUUGUUGUCAUUUUAAAAACCAUUUGCGAGCCAUUUAUUUUUGUAAGAAAUUUUCUUUGAUGCUAUUAUAAAAGGACCUUUUUUUUUCUUGUAAUUGUAUACCUCCAUAAAUGAUGUUGUCUAAAAAAGCAUUGAACU